GACCAAAUCACUGCAACGGGAAAAAGUGGAACAAAAAACGGAAUUGAAGCCGGGUCGUCCGGACGAAAAAAGCACAACUACUCCGUCUUCACAUAUCACGCCACUGCAGCGACACUAGGGAAGCAUCAUGGGUGGGCAGUUGUCCAUUGAUCAGAAUGUUCAUGUCGUGAUUGUUGGUGGUGGUUUUGGUGGCAUUGCAGCUGCUCAGCACCUCAAACAUCAUGGGGUGCCCUUUAUGCUUAUUGACGUACUGGAUGCAUUUCAUCACAAUGUUGCGGCACUGCGUGCUUCAGUUCAAAACGGUUUUGCAAAGCAGACUUUCAUACCAUACAAAGAAACAUUUGGGUUGAAUUUCCUCCAAGGCCGUGUUAUACGGAUAGACACAGAAACAAAGACAGUUGUGCUUGACAAUGGAAAGGAAGUACGCUAUUCACACCUCAUUCUGUGCACUGGAACAAAUGGACCUUUCCCAGGCAAACAUAAUUCUGUGGACACCUACCAAUCAGCCAUUCAGAAGUAUGAGGACUUUGUAAAAGAGGUCCAGGCAGCAAACACAGUCCUAGUAGUUGGUGGAGGAUCCACCGGUGUUGAAAUGGCUGCUGAACUCAGGACAGAAUUUACAAACAAGAAGGUGAUUCUGAUUCACUCACGUGAGGACUUGGCUGAUCCUGAACUACUGCCUAGUGUGAAAAAACAAGCCAAACAGGUGCUGCUGGAAAAAGGGGUGGAGCUGUUACUUGGGCAAAAAGUGUCAAACCUUGAUGAGCUGGAACUGAAUGUGUGUCAAAGUGGAAUGGUGAUAAAGACCAGUAAGAACGAGCAGAUCACAGCUGAUUUAGUCAUCUGCUGCACAGGAAAUAAGAUCAACUCUGAAGCAUACAGCUCCAGUCUGAGUGCAUGUCUGGCAGCCAAUGGGGCUCUAAAGGUGAACAAGCACUUGCAAGUGGAAGGCUUUGACAAUGUGUAUGCUGUGGGUGACUGUGCCAAUGUCAAUGAACCCAAGAUGGCGUAUCAUGCUGGACUUCAUGCUGGAGUAGCUGCCUCUAAUAUUAUUAACAGUCUGUCUGGAAAAGCUUUGACUUCAUACCACCCAGGAAAUGUGACUAUGCUGCUUGCUAUGGGGAGGGAUGAUGGAGUCGGCCAGUUUAAUGGUUAUAAGCUACCUCGCUUUCUGGUCACCAAGGGUAAGAGCCAGGGCCUGUUGCUUUGGAAGAGUUGGAAGGAAAUGGGGCAAAAAGCCCCUAAUUAGUAGCAGGCUAAUGAUCAUUUUUUAUUUUAUACUGACACUGUUCCAUAUUAUAGUGUAUGUGUUGAGAAAAUGUUUUAACACUUUAAGCUAAAUAAUGUUUUUUAACAUUAUGCAUUGUCUUAAGAUUACAAGAAAAUACACUGUAUUUUGAAGGAUGCUUUAUAUUGUUAUAUUCAAAAUGUACUAUAACCAUAAUAUAUACAUAUACUGUACAUCAUAAUAUAUUCAUAACAUAUCAUGAAUACUGGUGUUUGUAAUAUUUUCUCAGGACAGUCAGAUGUAACAUUUGAUAUGUUUAUACAUGUCAGAAAAAUAAAUCCAUUUACAUUAACAAUAUGUUU